AUGCAAAAUAUUAAAUAAAGAAAACCUUAUUUAUAAGUUCACUUUGAACCUCUAACAGAAAGAAUAGAGAGAAAAAAAUAAGCAUAAAUGAAGAAUGUGUUAUUAAGAAAUGUACAUACGUAAAGGAUGAAACACAGUUUAAGUGUGCCACAUAAUUAAAGAUUUUUAAAUAGAUUCGAAACUUUACCAAAACAUUAAUGUCCAUUUCGAAAAGGAACUGUAGAGGAACUUUAAAUAAGAGAAUAAUCUCCAUAAAAAAGAGAAUCAUUAGCAAUUAAUGUCAAACACUCUUAAUUGAACUUAGAAAUAAGGGAAAGGUAAUAAAGAAAGAGUUGUGAUUGUUCAUAAUGUGGAAAGGAAACUAUAUUCUAAAAAGACUCAAAAAAAGAUGGUGUUUUUAUAAGUUAAUAAAUAAAAGACUAAGAAGCAUUGGCAAAUAAAUUUUAAAGAACAUAAAAGAAGUAACAUGAAAAGUUAUAUCCACAAUAUUUAAAUACAAAGAGUAUUCAUAUAGAUGAAGGUGUAGAUACUCGUAAUGAUUUUAUAAUUAAUUCAUUCGAGCAUCUUGAAGAUAUUCCUUCAUCUAACUGUACUAAUAAGACAAAGAGCAAAUCUACUUUUUUUGACUCCUUUUUAAUUAAACAACAAUAGAUUGCAGUUGAUUAAAGGAGAAAAUUUUCCAAUCAUCGAAAAAUUUUUGAUAAAUAUCGUUCAAUUCCAUUUCUUCCUGGUGAUUUUUAAAAAGCAUUAACUCCUAGAACACCAGCAACAAUGACUACAACUUUAUUUCCAUCUCCAAGGAAAUUGAAAACAAAUGUCUAGAUGUAUCUUUAACCAAUCAAAAGACCUUAGAAAUAACAUAAUAGAUUGUUAACCCUUCCAGAGUUUAGAUAAUUAAUAUGA